GGCAGGGCCGGAAGGAGCGCGGCGGCGGCCUCCGCGGCGGCGGCGACUGAGCUGUUUGCUGCGGCUGCUGUGCGUAAACGCCGCGGCUGAGCCCGCCUCGUCAGCCGGCGAGUUGAGUGGCGAACACUUUGGCACAGAUGGUGACCAUGUUUAGAUAUUAGCAAUCACAUGUGUGUGUGUUUGCAUUUGAAAAUGGCAGAGGGAAACAACAGUGAAGAGGUAAUUCAUUUGAACAACUUUCACUGCCACCGGGGACAAGACUGGAUCAAUCUCAGAGAUGGGCCCAUCACCAUAUCUGACUCCUCUGAUGAGGAAGGGAUUCCCAUGCUGGUCACCCCGGCUCCCCAGCAACAUGUAGAAGAGGACCUGGAUGAUGAUGUCAUCCUGACAGAAACAAAUAAACCUCAGACAUCACGGCCCAAUCUCAUCAAACCAGCUGCCCAGUGGCAAGAUCUGAAAAGGUUGGGAGAAGAAAGGCCUAAAAAGUCUAGAGCAGCUUUUGAAUCAGAUAAGAGCAGCUAUUUUUCAGUUUGUAACAACCCAUUGUUUGAUUCUGGGGCACAGGAUGAUUCCGACGAUGACUACGGUACGUUUCUGGAUCUUGGGCCUCCUGGAUUCUCUGGAUUUACUAAGUCAAGUGGCCAAACAGAAAGAGAACCCAAACCUGGACCAAGUCAUAAUCAAGCAGCAAAUGACAUUGUUAACCCCAGAUCAAAGCAGAAAGUCAUUAUCUUGGAAGAAGGUAGCCUUCUUUUCCCAGAAAAUGACCCUUUGGAAACUCAGAACCAGUCAUCCGAAGACUCAGACACAGAGCUUUUGUCAAAUCUUGGAGAAUCAACUGCUAUAGUAGAUGAUCAGGCCAUUGAAGAGGAUUGCUGGUUAGACCAUCCUUACUUCCAGUCUCUAAUAAAUCAACAGCCCCGUGAGAUAACAAACCAGGUUGUUCCUCAGGAGCGGCAUCCUGAAGCAGACCUGGGCCCAUUGUUGUUUCAGCAUGAACUCCCAGGACCAGCUUUUCCAAGACCAGAACUCCAGCAGGAUGGAAUUCCAGGCCCCUCUUCUCCUCAGUCUGCCCAUCCUCUAGGAGAGCUAGAAGACCAACAGUUAACAACAGAUGAUGACGAGCCAGGUCCAGCCUUUCCACUACAAGGAUCUCAGGAGCCCAGUUUGGAAAAUAUUUGGGGACAAGAAGCUGCUGAGAUAGAUCAAGAACUCGUUGCACUAUUAGUGAAAGAAACAGAAGCAAGAUUUCCAGAUGUAGCAAAUGGAUAUAUUGAGGAAAUAAUUCAUUUGAAGAAUUAUUAUGAUUUGAAUGUACUUUGUAAUUUUCUUCUGGAAAAUCCAGAUUAUCCAAAGAGAGAAGAUAGAAUCAUUAUAAAUCCCAGUAGCAGCCUGCUGGCCAGCCAAGAUGAGACAAAGUUACCUAAAAUAGAUUUUUUUGACUAUUCUAAAUUGGCUCCUCUUGACCAACGCUGCUUCAUCCAAGCUGCUGACCUACUGAUGGCUGACUUCAAAAUGCUCAGCAGUCAGGACAUCAAGUGGGCCCUGCAUGAGCUUAAAGGACACUAUGCAAUCACCCGAAAGGCCUUUUCUGAUGCCAUUAAAAAAUGGCAGGAGCUGUCGCCAGAAUCCAGUGGGAAAAGGAAGAAGAGAAAAGAAAUGAAUCAGUAUUCUUACAUAGAUUUCAAAUUUGAACAAGGUGACAUAAAAAUAGAAAAGAGGAUGUUCUUUCUGGAAAAUAAGCGGCGACAUUGUAGGUUCUAUGACCGGCGUGCCCUCCUUCCAGCUGUGCAGCAAGAGCAGGAGUUCUAUGAGCAGAAAAUCAAAGAGAUGGCAGAGCAUGAAGACUUUUUGCUUGCCCUGCAGAUGAAUGAAGAACAGUAUCAAAAGGAUGGUCAGCUGAUUGAAUGCCGCUGCUGCUAUGGGGAAUUUCCCUUUGAGGAACUGACACAGUGCACAGAUGCUCAUUUGUUCUGCAAAGAGUGUCUCAUCAGAUAUGCCCAAGAGGCAGUCUUUGGAUCUGGGAAGUCAGAGCUCAGCUGCAUGGAAGGCAGCUGCACAUGUUCAUUCCCAGCCAGUGAACUGGAGAAGGUGCUUCCCCAGACCAUCUUGUAUAAAUACUAUGAGCGAAAAGCUGAAGAAGAAGUUGCUGCAGCCUACGCUGAUGAGCUUGUCAGGUGCCCCUCCUGUAGCUUUCCUGCUCUGCUGGACAGUGAUGUGAAGAGGUUCAGUUGUCCUAAUCCUCGCUGCCGAAAGGAAACCUGUAGAAAGUGUCAGGGACUCUGGAAGGAACAUAAUGGCCUCACCUGUGAAGAGCUGGCUGAAAAAGAUGACAUCAAGUACCGAACAUCUAUUGAAGAAAAAAUGACUGCUGCCCGCAUUAGAAAAUGCCAUAAGUGUGGGACUGGCCUCAUCAAAUCUGAAGGCUGCAACCGCAUGUCCUGCCGCUGCGGCGCCCAGAUGUGCUACCUCUGUCGAGUAUCUAUCAACGGGUAUGACCAUUUCUGCCAGCAUCCUCGCUCACCAGGAGCCCCUUGCCAGGAGUGUUCAAGAUGCUCUCUCUGGACCGACCCUACUGAAGAUGAUGAGAAGCUAAUUGAGGAAAUCCAGAAGGAGGCUGAAGAGGAACAAAAAAGAAAGAAUGGAGAAAACACCUGCAAACGCAUCGGUCCCCCGCUGGAGAAGCCCCCUGAGAAGGUACAGAGGAUGGAAGCCCUCCCAAGGCCUGUCCCGCAGAACCUGCACCCGCCGCAGAUGCCACCCUACGCCUUCGUGCACCCGCCUUUCCCCUUGCCGCCCGUGCGGCCCAUGUUUGACAACUUCCCACUCAACAUGGGUCCCAUCCCAGCACCCUACGUACCCCCUCUACCCAACGUACGUGUCAACUAUGAAUUUGGCCCUAUGCACAUGCCCCUGGAGCACAACCUGCCCAUGCACUUUGGCCCCCAGCCACGGCAUCGCUUCUGACGGCCCAAAGCCUGGCCCACCCCCAAACCCCCAUUGAGCAGUCUCACACCCGGUGCCUGGUGGGGAGUGUAGGAUAGAGAACCCUCCUCUCCCCCAGGACUGUGGCACUGCCUUCUAAGUAGGGGUGACGGGUUUGGCUCUCGAGGAUGGGCUGGUAUUCUUCCCACUCCUUUCUUGGGAAGGGCCACUGCUCCUUAAAGAGUAGCCACAGCUGGUGGCCUCUGGGUGCCUGUUACAGGAUUGGUCUGGCUCUUACUGAGCCAGAGAUAAGGGGGCAGUGAAAUCCUCCUGAAGAGUUCUACCAUUUUAGUGGCCAGCCCAGUGACCCUGGCUACAAGGUAGCCCUGUCUCUGCUUUGUCCCUGCAGAAGGAGAUGAAGAGGAAAUAAUUUACCUCCAUUCCUCUUCCCAUAGCAGACAACAGGAGAAGCCUGUGAGAAUGAAAAACCACAUAGGCCUUCAUUACCGCAGCACAGACAGAACCACAGUCAUGAUGAAAUAGUGAAUAGUGGAGCUUGGAGAGAGCUGACAGUUUUGAACUGCCACCCCCAGCCGAGGCCCUCAAGGAAUGGCCCUUCUGCCCCAUGCCCAUGGUUCAGGGGUCCAGGGCCCCUGCUGUUCCUCUUUGGAGCUGAGCCCUGGGGAGUGAAGCAGCCACAGACAUCUCCCUUGAUGCCUAAGUCCAGAGCCCAGUGCCACCACGAGGACCAUUCAGGGUCUCUCCUCUUCCCUCUUAAGGCCCAUUCAGAUCAGAUGGCAGCCAAGAACCAUCUCAUGGUAUGGGUUUUGUUCUGCCAUUUAUCCACACAAAUGUUUGCUCCUCUUUACUCACUUUGAAUUUGCCCAGCUUUCCAUGGUCUCCUAGAGUUUCUCUUCAUCAGUCUCUGUAAAGUCAAACUGAGAAAUCGGUUUCCCAUGCCAGGCAGCUGCUGAGGGCUGGAUGGUCCCGUAGCUUUGGCCAAACAAAAGAUCCUCUUGACAUGUCUGUAACAGAGGCCUGGUGGCCCUCCCAGGCAGCCCAUUCCUCGGGGGGGACUUCUCUGCCACAAACUGGGUAAUGAACAGCUUUUCCCCUGAAGUUAUUUGGCAGUGGGGGAUAAGGGGAUGAGCUUCCCUAAGGGUACAGAUGACCAGAAUGCCACCUUACUGGGUGCCUGAGGGCAGCUCUUCCCUCCUACGUAUUUUCUCAGUAGUUUAUAGUGAAGGCAGGUAGAGGGUGACAUCCUUGCACCUUGGGGUGUGAGGGCAGCUGCCCUUGCCUGAGGUCAGAUGGAAGUCAGCUCUGGGCACGUGCACAGAGGCCCUGCCUGGUCUCAUUCACCUUCCUCACCACCUGUCCCACCUAGGGCUUUAGCCACAUCUGAGGCAUCACUCUAGGCCCAUUUGCCCAGCAGAGGCCUAAAGCCUCAGACUGCUCCACAGGGAGCCAGCCCUGCUGGCAGCAGACGUCACCUUCUCAUUCCGCAUUGGCCUUCCUUGUCCUUGUCUUUAUGUUGCCGUAGGGUUCCAGGGGGUUCAAAGUGCACAUACCUCAGAGAUGGGGGUACCCCAUGACCUGUGGGGCUGCGCUACAUGUGGACCCCUUGUGUGGCACUCUGCCCUCCUGCCGCAGGGGCUAGCACCACCCAGUGUGUCCAAGGCUGGCAGGCACCGUCACUCACUGCCAUUGGUUCUCAGAUGUAUUGCAAGGAUUAAAGUGGGGAAAGGGUCUCCUAAGAUGCCUGUUCUUUCUGCCUUUCCUCAGAAUGGAGGCUUUGAAGACAGGUGGUUGCCUGGGCCAGUUGGGGGCACACGGAGGAGACCCCUGAUAGGCUGUCUGAACUUGGCUACUAGCCUGAAAGAUAGUGCCUUGGAAAGGUGGGCUCCAUGCGGCAGUGACAGUCCUCAACCUUAAAUGCCUAUUCCGUGUGUUUCCCCAGGGAGAAUUUCUAAGAGCAGAGACCAGCAGCAGAUAUCCUAGUGGAUAGGGAGGUGACCUCAAGUGCUGUCCCUCCAAGGCAUCUUGAGCCACCCUGUUGGCCUGGGACCCUAGUUCCAGCUGCCCUGCACCUGGUCGUAUGGCUCCAUUGGGGGCCAAGACAGGACAUGGGGACUGGGUGCUUCUAGGGCAGCUACAAGGACAGCCCCAGGCAGGUGGCACUGCCACUGCACCUAGCAAGAUGCCCUGGCAUGGAGAGAAGGGAGACUAGAGAAUGUGUCCUUUGAGAUGACUUCUGUUUCUGGCCACACUUGGCUGCUAGGGAGGGAACUGCUGCCUUUCUCCAUCGAAGGUGUCUGGUUCUUAAUGAUCCUCCCAGAGCCGGCCUGCGGGCCACCCACAGGGCUACAGACUAGCAUAGUUGCUGUUUCCUGAAGUGGCCGCAAGGGACCACCUCAGCGUUCCAGGGACGGGCCUGGACCUUGGGCUCUUCCUGCCUGUACUAAUGAUGGGGUUAGAGAGAGAGAAAGGGGCUGGUGGUCCUCUGACCAGUGGCUGCAUAGGUGUCAUCGCCAGGAGCCCAGAGGUCAGCCCCUGUCAGGGAACAAGCAGGACUCCUUGAGGCAGCUGGCACCUUGACCCUCUGGGCCACAGGGUCUGCUCCCCAGGGCAACAGACUGCCCAGUAACAGUCCCGUUUUACUUGCCUUAAAACUGGAGAGAGGAAUCUAGUAUUUGCACUUAGCAAAAGAUUUAAAAACUGCAAGUGUGCAUGACCUGUCACUUUGUAUAAAAAUAGAAAAGAUUAAGUAGUUUAUUAAAUUUUUUUCUUUACCUUCUGGUAGUAAAAAUACAUAAAAUAAUUCUGUCUCGACUACUGUGUGUAAAAAGCCUGUAUCAUAUGUAACUUGGACUUUUUGUAAAUAAAUGUUUGUGCGU